CUCCUUAAGCACGUUAAGAAAGUAAUUGCAAGUGCCAGCACCUGUGUCAGGAGGGUUUCCUAUUAAAGCUGACUGCAGGAGGCUGCUGUGCUUUUGAGGUAUUAGCAGGGGGCUAAAUAGCCUUCAGGCAGGGUGCUCCAUAGGACACUUUAGGCUGGAAGCCAAGCACAGUGAAUACAAAAGGGACCUUGUGCCUCCCAUGUGGAAAUGCCCAGAAGAUAACACGUGGCUGACCUUGCAGACUUGCUUGGGGGAGCUGCCGUUGUGUCCUUGCUGAUGAGCAUUGCUGGCAACCCACUCAUGUGUUUCCAGGAGCUUGUGCAGUGUGCUAGUUGCUGCUGCUCUGUGACAUCCCCAACCCCAUGGGGCUGGCUGUGGAGAUGAGAGCAGGGCAGGUGCUGCUGGUGCUGUUGGCUGCCUCCGUGGUGAUGUCUGCCAAGGAUCCGCUGCUGAAUGUCUGCAUGGAUGCCAAGCACCAUAAAACCAAGCCUGGCCCAGAGGGGAUGCUGCAUGGCCAGUGUGCUCCCUGGAAGGACAAUGCCUGCUGCACGGCCAACACCAGCUCAGAAGCCCACAAGGACCAGUCCUACCUGUACAACUUCAACUGGAACCACUGUGGGGUGAUGCCACCCAAGUGCAAGCGUCACUUCAUUCAGGAUACGUGCUUGUAUGAGUGCUCACCCAACCUGGGGCCCUGGAUUGACCCGGCUGACAGCAGCUGGAGGCGGGAGAGGAUUCUGCACGUGCCACUGUGCAAAGAGGACUGCGAGGAAUGGUGGGAGGACUGCAAGGACUACAUCACAUGCAAAGAGAACUGGCACAAGGGCUGGAACUGGGCAACAGGAACAAAUCGCUGUCCCUGGGGAUCCAUGUGCAGGCCCUUCACCCAGGUCUUCCCCACACCCAAAGAUCUGUGUGAGAAGAUCUGGUCCUAUUCGUACAAAUACACCACAGAACACCGGGGCAGUGGGCGCUGCAUCCAGAUGUGGUUUGACCCCACACAGGGGAACCCCAAUGUGGUUGUGGCAAAGUACUACGCCUGGAAGAAGCGAUCUUCUCCUGUCAGGAUGGAGGAUGUGACUCCUGAGACGGGCAGAGCUGCGUGUGCUGUGCCAUGGCUCAUCCUGCUGCUGGCCCCCGUGCUGCUCACUGCAGGCUGGGGGUCCUAUGGGUGGAGGUCCCUGUGACAGCUCCUUGAAGGGAUGGGGCUUCUCUUUCUGUGUGUGAGUGGCACUUGGUCUGUUCCAUUUGCUCAUGUGCCCCAGUGGAUGCCCAGCAUGGACUGUGUUGUUGGACUUUGAUGCCCGCUGCUGAUUUCCCAUCAUUGUGUCUGAGAUCCUUCUGUCUUCUCACCCUGUGUUUGCUGCCUCCUGCCCAUGGGACAGGUGCUGAUGGCUGUGCUCUGGGUGGGCAGUGUUUGUUCAUGAUCCAUUUCUUAGCGCUGGCAUCUGGUCCUUCUGCAUGCCCAGAUAGUUGGUAAUAAAAGAACUGCUUUGAAUCA